AAAUAUAAUCCGUAUUUGAUAAGAAAUAAUACUAUCAACCUGCUAUUAAAAAUUCAAUCAAAAUAUGCGAAUGAAAAUUAUUUUUUAGUUUGUAAUGCUCAUUACUUUGUUGGUAAACUUUAGGAGUAUUAUGGACUAUAUUAAUAUAGUUCCAUUGGUGUAUUUGAAUAAAAAGAUUAAUUUGACUAUCACAGAUUUACUUCAAGUUCAGUUGGUUGUUUGAGUAUCAUAAUUUUCCCUAGUUAAAUACCAAUAGAGAUUUCCCCCUGAGCUUCUACUCUGUUUAAGAAUUAAUGGAAUGUGCACUGAAUCUAGAAUGGUAAUUUAAGUUAAAAAUUUUAAAGUUAACUGGAGGUCACCAUAAAAUGGAAAAAUUUAAAAAGUUAUUUCCCAAUAAGGAAGGAUUUAUUGUAUUUGCUUUAUAUAUAAUAUUAUUUGUUUUUCAAGGUGUUUUCAUUACUGCAUCUAAAACUGAAAAUGGAAUAUAUGAUUACAACACAACACUAGUUGUUUUUUUAUCUGAAUUGUUAAAGCUAUUCAUUUCUGCUGCUCUGUAUACAUUUAAAAGAGGAGAUAAACCUCAUAUAUUUAAAGCUAUUUCAAAUAAUUAUAAUCUUCUGCUCCAGUACUUCAUACCAUCUUUGCUAUAUUGUUUCUACAAUAAUUUAGCUUUUAUCAAUUUAUCACAUUAUGAUCCAACAUCAUACUAUAUUCUCCUGCAAUUCAGAGUAGUACUGACAGCAUUUAUUUUUCAGUUCCUAUUCAAGAAAAAGUUGGCAUUUAUCCAAUGGAUAUCUCUGGGCAUACUUACACUAGGUUGUAUGUUAAAGAACUUUGAUGCUGCUACAAUAACAUCCAAGGGAGAUCCUGAUGGUAUCUGGUCUCAGAUAUUUAAUAUUUAUUUUGUUUCAAUAAACUUUCAAAACUUCUGUUCAUGCUUAGCUGGCACUUAUAAUGAAUAUUUGCUCAAAACAAAGGGUUCCAAUGUAGACAUAUUUCUACAAAAUGUUUUCAUGUAUUUGGAUUCUGUCAUUUGCAACUUUUUUAUUCUUAUGUGCAAAGGAGAAGUUCUUACUAUGUUUCAAGAUUUUCAAUCUUUAGGAGAUGUGUUUGUGAUAUUAAUCACUGUGAAUAGUGCUAUUGUAGGAAUAGUGACAAGCUUCUUUUUGAAGAAUUUGAAUUCAAUUCUCAAAACAUAUGCUAGUGCUUUAGAGUUAAUAAUAACAGCUGUGGUAUGUUAUAUUUUAUUCCAUAUACUAAUUACAUUUUACACAAUAGUAUCUAUUUGUUUAGUUGUUAUAUCUGUGGCUAUGUAUUUCAAAAAUCCAGUUAAUAACAGUAAUGUUGAGAGUGAACAGACGAGAAAAGACAAAAAACCCCUUUUGGAUGUAGUUGUUCAAUAGAUAGACCAGACAAUAUAGGAUAUAACAUAAGUUGACAAAAAUGUAUACAAGAAUGCCUAGGCUUCUUCAAAAUUAUCUUACUUCUACUUGUUUAAAACUGCAUCAAUAAAAAUAAAUUAAAAAUUCAUAAUUAGGAUCUUUCUUUUUUUAUAACAUUAAAAAUUCAAAAUAGUUCUAUGAGUAUCAAAUCAGAAAUUCAAAAAAUAACAUGCCAAUGCAAUAUUAUAAGAUAGCUGUAAAGCCAUCAUUAGUAUAUAAUUAGCCAAAACAAAGUGAUACACAUCCUUUAAGAUUCUGGUUUAAAUAGUAUUUUCAACAUAAUAAUUAAUAGUGCUAUUACUCAAAAUUAAGCUAAGUUAUAAAAUUGAAUUUUGAAAUUUUUUAAGUCAUAGAAUUGCUAAGAUUGUGAUUAAGUGGUCUGCAUUAGCUAGCAACAUAAAUUGCUGUAGUCAGAUCUAUGAAUAAUCAAUAUAUAACUAAAUAAGUUUUCCAGCAUACUCAUAAACUACAUUUGCUACAUCAUAAAUUUUAUAUAUUAUUCACUAUUAAGAGGCCAUUGGUGUUUUUGGCUAACACAAUUGCAAUAAUUAAAUUAAUAAAUGAUGAAUUUGAUGACACUGAAACUAGAAUAGACAAAAUAAUUUUACUACAGAUUAUAUAAAAAAAUUUCAAAGACAUGCCGGAAUAUGAUUUUUUAUGGAUUUUGGUUGAUUCAAAUAAAAUUAACGUUUUACCUAAAUAAGCUUGUACAUCACACAGUGAGUAAUUCAAUAAAUGAGUCAUAACAGAUAUGAUUUUAAAUAAUUAAGGUAUUGUGGUUUUACCAAAGGAUUAUAUAAAUUAGUAUUAUAAUUUUAAUAUUGAUAUAGAAGUGUUGAAAAGUUACAAUAUUAUGAGAAAGUAAUUAAUAUAUGUCAAACAUUUGUUGUUUUAAUUUAAUGCCAUAUAUGUAUAAGUAAAAUCAUUUACUAAUAUAUUAAUUUACAGAAUGCAAAAUUGUCAACUGACAUGCACUUUUUUAAAUGUUUAUGUCACUUUUUCAUUUAAAGAAUCUUCAUUCUUUGAGAUACCAUACCAGUGCAAUAUUAAUAAAAUGUUCUAGCCUUAGUUUUAGACUGUUAAUCUAAUCACAAAUGAUCUAAAAGUUUAACUUCAUUGUAAUUAAACCUAAAAUCUUAUAAUAAAGAAAAAUGAUAAUAAAUAAAUAGUAUAAUA